AUGAUACGGUCAAGUGGGAUAAAUUGUUUGAUCCUGUUCCUCCUAGUUAAUCAACAAUCAACAGAUUUCACGGCCCGCCGAGAAGAUCCGGCGAGAAAUCCGGCAGGAUACCGGACCAAGACCAACAUCAUCGAAGACGACGAUAAAGCGAGACUCCGAAGGGCGUGUUUGGUCGAGAAAUGGAUCGAAAAGGCCGCGCCCAAAGGGAACGCUCUGAAUUCUGCAACGGACAAAAACACCGAUUUGGUUUACUUCAGCUCGACGUCAAGCUCCAAUUCCGACAGCUCGGGCGUCCUCUCGUCGUCCGACACCGAGUUCUUCGCCUCCCGACCCGACCCGAAGGUGUCCUGCUUCUCGACCUGGCCCAAGCCCAUCCGGACAGUCGGGAAAAGCAAAAACAAAGAUGAUGACGAUGAAGAAGAAGAAGAAAAUGAGCUUAUGGUGAAGUACAAAUCCCGGGCCCUUAAGCUCUACUCCAAUUUGAAGAAGGUGAGGCAGCCCAUCUCACCCGGCGGCCGCCUGACGAGCCUCAUCACCUCCAUUUUCAGCGGUAGUGCGAACGGAAAGAAGUCGAAGAAUGGGCGGGAGCUCCAAAAACCCACGAAGGAAUCUCGGUCGGGUUGUUCUUCAGCGGCUUCCUUGUCGAGGUCGUGCCUCAGCAAGGACUCGCCGGGGUCGAGGGGUGGUGGGGCCCACCGUACGGUGAGAUUUCAUCCGGUGAGUGUGAUCGUGGACCAAGAUUCAAGGCCAUGUGGGGAGAAGCGCACGUGCGGUGGUGGUGGUGGUGCACGUGGGAAGCCUCCAUUGCCUAUGGUUAGAGCAUUGGGGGAUGAAUUGAAAUUGGGGAAAUUGGAGAAAAAUAGGAAAAUUGAGUUGGUGGUGGGAAAUGAGAGGAAGGGGUAUACUGGUAAUAAAUCGAUGGAUGAUUUUUCGUUGGUUGGUCAGAUUAACGGUCUGGAUGAUGAUGGGAUAAGUGACUCGAGUUCGGAUUUGUUUGAGCUCGACCACUUUGCUUUGUUUGGAGAUGAUAGAUUUUGUGAGGAGCUCCCGGUUUACGAGACUACUCGAUUGGACACAAGUCGUGUAAUCGCAGGCCGUUCGAUUCGGUCAUAA